ACUUUUCUUUUGUUGUUGCCGCGACCCGGGUCUGUUUUCUCGGCCGUUGUGGAAGGUGCUUUCCUGCUGCACCGGCUCCCUGCCUUGCACCUCCUUCCCGGUGGUUUCACCCUUCCUCUUUCCCGGAGUGCUUUAUGCACCGCGAACUGCGCGAAGAUUUGCAUCUCUUUUCCCACCCCCGAACCUCACACACACCCGGGGCACCGUGCCCCCCACCUCGGAAAAACAACCCCCGAAACCUCACAGAACCUCUGAGGGUCCGCCGUAGUGGUGGACGGGUUGAUCCGUGGAGUGGAUGUCUUCGGGCCAUUGAGGUGCUUGGGACUCAUUAAACUGUCACUCACCCCACCACCACCCCACUGGGUAAACGGGCUGAUUAAUGUCGGGUAUAGUGGAAUGGGGCGAGGGCUUCUGUGGAAAAGAGGGUGUGUGUGGCAGAGAAGUAAUCUAUCUGCACAGAGUACCUCCCGAACGAGUUCAGAAUUAUGUCAUUCACCACGAAGUUAGAGAAAGUUAGGUUUGUGGCUCGUGAGCAAGAGCAGGACACAGUUGGGGUUUUGUUCUCUAGCUCCCUGCCUCUGUUUUCUAAAGCGAGCCUAAGUGGUUGUCGCCAGGGUUGGGACGCUUGUGCCUCAGGCCCCAACUUCUUUUUUCUACUCCCCAACCUCCCAAGAGUCGGUGGAGAUGUGCCUAAUAUUCAUAGAUGCCGCAGCACUUGCAGGGCACCCAGCGACCCGGCCCCGGAUACAUUAACAUUUCAUCAGCCAUUAGAAACGAUCCACAACCUAGCCAAAAAAGUUCCCAAAGUCUACACUUGGCCUCCCCUCCCCUCCUGGUGAUCACAACCCCUUUCCCCAAAGUGAUAGAGACCAAGGGCAAGACAAAAGUGACUACUUUUCUGAGCAGGAAGACGAAAUGUGUGGUCAAACAGCCAUUCUAAGUGACUACAGCAGGUUUUGUUAGUUUACUAAUUUGCCUCAUUGAACUGAAAUACUUUCCAGGAUUUCAGAAGUACAGUUUGAGUUUGUUGGUGCUGAGAGUGGAAAUUUGCACUAACGGUGGCAGUGUGAACUCUUUUCCUGGGGGAUAGUUGCAGUUGCAGAGAAGUUGUUAGGGAAGAGCAAAACAAUAAGGUGAACCACGCUGAAGUAAUAGUUCUUAAUAAGUCUGCCAACAUUUCAGAGAUGUCUGCCAUUAUCUCCGCAGGGGAAGGGGAAAAAACACGCUGUAAUAAUGUUGAAAUGGGACUAGAGAUGUCAAAUGGGUUGGUUUAAAAAUAUCCCUAAGCUGCCUUUGAAACUAGACGUUGGAGUUGAAUAAAAGUGAAUGUGGGUUUCCUGAAUAGCACCGAGCUCGAGUGUGCUGUCAUAUGUAAGCCAGUCCACCAACUUGAGGCAGAAGUGUUGCGAUUCCAUAAAUACAGUAGGACUCCAUAUGCCGAGUUUUUCAAUUUCUUCUGUUAGAAAGUUUGGGGGGAAAAGGAAGACUUUGAAGUAUUUUGUUUAUACUAACAGAAGAGAAAAGUUCUCCUAAGAAAAAGCUGGUGGCAGGAGUGUAGAGGAGUAGCAUAUGGCAUUAAAGGAGCACAGCUGGAGGUAGCAUUUCCAUCUGAACAUGAUGUCAGAGCAGCUGACAGCCUGCCAUCCCUCAGCCUUUUAUUCUAACACACAGACAGGGAGUUAGUGUGUGCGGAUCUGUGGUGGAGAAGGUAUCUCAUUCCUCUCCAACAUCAUCUCCACUUUGCAUCUGUCUCUCUUAGUCUGCUUUUUUUCCACCGAUGUAACAGACCUGCAGCCAGCAAGACUCCGAGGGAAGGACUUAAUCAAGUUUAUGUGUCCUAAAGGUUAUGAAGACAGUAUGGAGUUUCCAGACCACAGCAGACAUUUGCUGCAGUGUCUGAGCGAGCAGAGGCACCAGGGCUUUCUUUGUGACUGCACUGUUCUGGUGGGAGAUGCCCAGUUCCGGGCACACCGAGCUGUACUGGCUUCAUGCAGCAUGUAUUUCCACCUCUUUUACAAGGACCAGCUGGACAAAAGAGACAUUGUUCAUCUGAACAGCGACAUUGUGACAGCCCCCGCUUUCGCUCUCCUGCUUGAAUUCAUGUAUGAAGGGAAACUCCAGUUCAAAGACUUGCCCAUUGAGGACGUGCUAGCAGCUGCCAGUUAUCUCCACAUGUAUGACAUUGUCAAAGUCUGCAAAAAGAAGCUGAAAGAGAAAGCUACCACAGAGGCAGACAGCACCAAAAAAGAAGAAGAUGCUUCAAGUUGUUCGGAUAAAGUCGAGAGCCUCUCAGAUGGCAGCAGCCACAUGGCAGGUGACCUGCCCAGUGAUGAAGAUGAAGGCGAAGAUGACAAAUUGAACAUUCUACCCAGCAAAAGGGACUUGGCAGCUGAGCCUGGGAACAUGUGGAUGCGAUUGCCCUCAGACUCAGCAGGCAUCCCCCAGGCUGGCGGAGAGGCCGAGCCACACGCCACAGCAGCUGGAAAAACAGUAGCCAGCCCCUGCAGCUCAACAGAGUCUUUGUCCCAGAGGUCUGUCACCUCCGUGAGGGAUUCGGCAGAUGUUGACUGUGUGCUGGACCUGUCUGUCAAGUCCAGCCUUUCAGGAGUUGAAAAUCUGAACAGCUCUUAUUUCUCUUCACAGGACGUGCUGAGAAGCAACCUGGUGCAGGUGAAGGUGGAGAAAGAGGCGUCCUGUGAUGAGAGUGAUGUUGGCACUAAUGACUAUGACAUGGAACAUAGCACUGUGAAAGAGAGUGUGAGCACUAACAACAGGGUACAGUAUGAGCCGGCCCACCUGGCUCCUCUAAGGGAGGACUCGGUCUUAAGGGAGCUGGAUCGGGAGGACAAAGCCAGCGAUGAUGAGAUGAUGACCCCAGAGAGCGAGCGGGUCCAGGUGGAAGGGGGCAUGGAGAGCAGUCUGCUUCCCUAUGUCUCCAACAUCCUGAGCCCCGCGGGCCAGAUCUUCAUGUGCCCCCUGUGCAACAAAGUCUUCCCCAGCCCCCACAUCUUGCAGAUCCACCUGAGCACGCACUUCCGCGAGCAGGAUGGCAUCCGCAGCAAGCCUGCCGCUGAUGUCAAUGUGCCCACAUGCUCCCUGUGUGGGAAGACUUUCUCCUGCAUGUACACCCUCAAGCGCCAUGAGAGGACUCACUCGGGGGAGAAGCCCUACACGUGCACCCAGUGCGGCAAGAGUUUCCAGUACUCGCACAACCUGAGCCGCCAUGCAGUGGUGCACACCCGCGAGAAGCCCCAUGCCUGCAAGUGGUGCGAGCGCAGGUUCACGCAGUCCGGAGACCUGUACAGACACAUCCGCAAGUUCCACUGUGAGUUGGUGAACUCCUUGUCGGUCAAAAGUGAAGCACUGAGCUUGCCCACUGUCAGAGACUGGACCUUAGAAGAUAGCUCUCAAGAACUUUGGAAAUAAUUUUAUAUAUAUGUAUAUAUAUAUAAAUUAUAUAUAUACAUAUAUAUAUAUAUAUAUAUACAUAGAUCUCUAUAUAGUUGUGGUACGGUCUAAAAGCAGUCUUGUUUCCUGGAACUGAAAAGUUGGAAUCUUAACUUGUUUUUGCACUUUAGAAUAAUAGCAUGAGAAUCUCACUAAUUUAGCAUUCUGAUAAAAGAAAGUAGAACAAGUCACAAGUAGAGAGUUGUCUUUCUUUUGAGGGUUAGGCCAAGUUAGCCAAUAAAACCUUCUCAACAAAUGGUUCUGUCACAAAACGCUUUCACAUGGCUUACUUUUGUACACACUGCAUUGUCUUGAGCGCUUUCCCUGUGCUCCACACUGUUCUGUUUUGUUUUGUUUCCAGAGUAGAAAUCCCCCAGUUUAUUAGCCUCUUUAAAUGUCUCAAACUGCAUGAAUAUUUUCUGGCUGUUGGAAACCUGAAUGCUUUUAGACCCAAAUGGAAAAUUUCUGAAAUGCUGGAUUAUCUAUUUUUAAACAAGCAGUUGACUUAAAACUUUCUGUGGCAACUUCUGGUUUUCUGAUGGUCCCCAGUGAGAGAAAUCUGACAGUACACUGGGUCACUGGGACUGUCGCUGUGAAGGUUUGCUUGAGAUGAAAAAGGAUAUUGCAGCUUCAGCAGUGUUGAACUGUGUGUUUAAAAUGUGAAUUACUGUUCUUGUAUACUGUAAUUGAUUACACGGGCUGGGGGGGUGUCAAAGAACUUGACAGGUUGUGUUGAUGCUCUUAGUUGAGUCUUGAAAAGUAAAUAUUAACGCUACAGAAAUGCAUGAGUUUCAAUAUAUUUUUUGUCUUUGUUUGCAUUGUAUAACUUUAACGAGUGAGUUUAAAAUUAUUUAAUUUCCUUAGAAAAAUAGCACCAUUUGGGAAAAAAACUGGUGUUACGAAGAACAUAAAUGCACUGUUUUUAUUUUUAUUUUUAUUUUAUAUAAUUUAAAUUGACUUUUCCCAUGUCUUUAAGUUUGAAACUGUUAAGCUGAAUAAAAACUUAAGCUGCAAAUUGAUAACUUCGCUACAUUACAAGGAACAUAUAAAUGUUUACAAACGGCUUAAAGAAUUGCAUGUGCAGUGUGCAUUCAUACCACACUUGUAAUUGCACAGAACCCAUGCCAGCUCAGAGUUUAGGUGUACACAUGUACCCAGCCGAGUGUUUUUAGAAUAACUACUGCACAAAUUGACAAUAGGUCAUAGGUCAUUCUCUCUCUCCCUCCCUUUUGCUUCCCUUUUCUUUUUCUCCCCUAUUUCCUUUCCUUACCCUACCCCCUAACCCAUGAAAAGAUUCUACAGACUGAAAAAGCCCCAGGCUGAAAGGACUGAACCGCCUUGAUUGACAUGGGGAAGGGGGUUAGUAGACUGUGUAUCGGCAGCAGAGGCUGCAGCCCGACAUGUGGCUCUGAUGGCCAGCGUGCGGGGCAGAAGCGUUUUGCACACUGUUUGUUUUCCUGUCUUGCACUUACAAAUAAGGUCUAUGGGAGUAGCAUGGAAAACGGUGGUUGUUUUUCCCUUUUUCUUUUUUAAUUGCUUUUGUUUAAAAUUUGAUCGCCUUAACUACUGUAAACAUAGCCUAUUUUUGUGCUUAAGAUACUGAAUGGAAAACUCCAUUGUGUGUUGCUGGACUGUUUUGGAAAUAUUUGGUCAAAUGUAUGUUAAUCUGGCUGUAAUGACAUUUAAAGCAAACAAACAAACAAACAAACAAACAAACAAAAAAAGCUGUGAAAUGGCCUUGGAGCAUUAUCUUUAGUUACUUGAAGAGUUUAUAGUUUUUUUUAAUACAGUUUAUGUUAAAAUAAUCUUUAUUAAUUUAGAGAAGACAAUCAAUGUCUGUGAAAGAACGGACUUUUUUGAAUUUUUUUUUGUGGUCAUUGUGAGUGAUUGUUUUUUCUUUUUCUUAGUUUCACAUUCUUCCUUUGUUCUAAAUCUUAGACUGACAUCUAGCUUUGACAAUCAUAGUAUGUUUUAUUUCCUGAGGGGGAAUAACUUAUAAUGCUGUUUAGUUUUGUACUAUUGGUGUGUUGGUGAAUUUUUAAACUGUGUGCUAACUGCAAUAAAUUAUAUGAACUGAGAA